CAAUCCCACCGUCGAACUGGCGUACACAUCCGGAAACGAGGCGGCUAGCAAGGGGCGUGUUUUGACUUGCCGGAAUCGGCGAACCUAACCUGAUUUCGUAUACUUCGUCUAUUUAUCCAAUUUCGGAUUGUGUGGAAAUCGUCACGUUCCUAACAGAAGCAGUCACCAGUGCCAUCCUUUGCCGUUCUUAGGCCUGGCAAGUAGGUUAAGACUGCCUGUCAACAUUUUUUCCUCGAGCCUUUGGCAGUAAAGUGGAGCUCAGAGGCUAUGUCUGCUUUUAGUCAUACAAAACUUUCAAGAUAUUUUAGUGAUGAUCAGGACGAUAUAAUGCAGUGUGACAUUUGCUUCAUGCAGUUUGACCUGAACAAUCAUCGUCCAAAGUGUUUGCCUUGUGGUCACACUAUUUGCUUGAGGUGCAUGCAGAGUCCUGGCAUGAAGAGAUGUCCUAUGUGCAUGAAGGACCUGACCGUCGACCCCGGCGACCUUCCCGACAACAUCUCCCUGAUACGGAUGGUUGAGAAGCAGGGCGCGCCGCCGCCCUGCAAGGUGCUCAGGAGGGAGGACACUGCGGUCCAGCAGCUGCAGCGAGGCGUGGACGCGGGGAGGAAGCUGGUUGAGCAGCUGCGGCACCUGGUUCCUCUGGCGGUGGAGGCUCUAAACCGCCAGCUGGACUCGUCGGUCGCUCAGCUGUCGCGAAUGGAAGAGACUCUCGGUAAGCUGCAGAGGAAGCAGGCGCCGGGUGACGAGGAUACCCCGCCCGACUUGCUGGCCGGAGAGCAGUUCCAGCUCGUGGUGCAGCUCGAGGACAGCCUCCGUCUGCUAGCAGCCACAAAGUGCCGCGUGGUUGCGGAGCAGAGUGCGGACACGUGGACGGCGUCGGUGAAGCUCGGCCCAAAUCACGACGUCAUGCGCCUCCUCCUUCUUCAGCUGCGGGCGGACGCCGAACUGCACAAGGUUGCCGUCGCGGUAGGGCCUCCAAGGCUCUCGACCUUCGUCAUAGAUCGCCCCGAUACAGAAGGGCGAAAAUGGAAGGUGAAGGACGUUAUUAAAAACCCGUGGCUCUGCGAAAACAUACGCGUCCUACAAAACCUAACUGGAGCCGGUUCGGCGGAGCUACUGCGUGUCAUCCGUGUCGUGGCCCCCCAACUCGAAGAGCUGGAGAUGUCCGAAAGUGUCGACGACCUGGACGCGGCCCUCAAACAGGCCGUAGAAAUGCCAUCACUUAAAAGACUGAUAAUCGGCAACAGUGACCAGGAGUUCCGCAAACUUCCAGACCUGCCGUUGCAGCUGGAGGAGCUGGAGCUGUGGUCUCCGAAUGAGCAACAGAUGCUCCAAGUGCAGCACAUGCCCCGUCUGCGUAGUCUUAUGGUGUACAAUUACUAUGGCGACAACGUGUCAUUCCCCCCAUCGCUGCAUGAAGGGCUGACGUGGCUGGGCUUGUGCCUCAAUGUAGACCACAAGACUACCAUGCUGACUCUGAUCCGCGCUCAUAGCAAGUCUCUGCGGGAGCUCCGGAUACACUGUGAAUACGAGGACGACAACGAUGACUGGUGCUUCUUCUUCCCGCACUUGGGCCAGGACCUGGCGACCUGCGGCCUCCAUGGCCUCACCCGGCUAGUCCUACAACGCUCGUAUUUCUACAAUCCAUGCCCAGAGGUCGAGGCCUGUUUGCUGCAGCGACGGGCCGUGCGAAGUUUCCUGCCCUCUUCCAUUGAAGUGCUCUGCAGAGGGUGUCCCCCCGGACCAUCAGUGAUGUGGUGAUGCUAACGAAAGGCAAGGCGUAUGGCCCCUCGUUUGCUGCAUGCUCCCCGUGGCGUUCUGGUGACGAGACCCCUGUAUUUGUGGGAAGAAAGCACAGCUAUAAAUAUUGUAACAAUUUUCAACAAAAGAAAUAGCUUAUCUCGCCGGUCCGAAAGUGUACUGUGCAGCAAUCAGUUUCAAAGUUUCAGUUAUAAGUUAAUUUUAACAGUAAAGAAAUAAAAUAUUGCUUUAUUUUGAAUA